GAAGUUGGUCAAAAAUCGAACUUCGCACGUUGAUUCAUCCAUUUGAGUCGCAAAGCAGUAUACUAUGACCCAACGCCGACCAAAAAUAAUGAAGUUUAAUUAUUCGAUCUUGAUAUAACACAGUUCUUGUUAUUUUUACCUAUGUGCUACAAAAAAAAUUUCUUCGUGCAACAAUUAGCGGAAGAAAAACGUAAUCUUGCUUGUGAAAUGCUACACUGAUUCGAUUCACCGACAUCAGUUCGCAAGUAGAAGAUGAACGCUUCAUUGGCUUUUUGCACCGCUCUUAUCGGACUUUUGAUUCUUAACGACGCCAACAUUUGGUGCUUCCAGUGUGGAAUAAGGCAAUACAAAACUCGUUCUCUAAUCACCAAUGCGUACAACGUCCAGCCUGGAGAUUACCCGUGGCAUACGGCUAUCUACCAGGUAGUUCCCAUUCGUCAAUACAUCUGUGGUGGUACUUUAGUAGGACAAAGUGUCAUCAUUACUUCGGCACAUUGCGUUACAGUACAAGGACAAAGCGAAGCUCGAGACAUCGAUGAACUUGUGAUAAAAGUUGGAAAACAUUUGCUGAAUGUCAAAUCAGAAUUUGAACUCGAGAGAGAAUUGAGUUCAAUAAUAGUUCAUAGUGAAUUUAGCUCUGAUAAACAUGACAAUGAUAUUGCAUUGAUGAUCACCAAAGAGCCUCUUGAAUAUGGGAAGUUCGUACAACCAGCAUGUCUACCAACAUUUUCACUCACUAGAGAUAAUGCUGUUGGCAAUAUUGUUGGUUGGGGUUUCACCAACAAAAAGUCAAUAUCAAAUGUUUUGAAAGCGGCAAACGCGCCUAUUGUAUCCAGAGCUUUAUGUGUCAAAAGUAAUCCAUCGGUAUUUUCAUCUACUCUCACCAAUGAGAUGUUCUGUGCUGGCUACCGGAACGGAACCAAUGCAUGUAAUGGCGACAGUGGUGGUGGAUUUUUCAGAUUUGUUGAAGGAAAUUGGUAUCUGGUGGGUAUCACAUCAUUUACAGCAGCAAAGCAACAGAAUGAAAAUCUUUGCAGUUCAACUGACUAUACGGCGUUCAUUGAUGUUGUGAAAUAUAAAAGAUGGAUCGAGGAAAAUUCUGUUUCCUCGUUUGGAUCACCAUGCUUACAUCAGCCAACAAUAUUUAUGAAACAAUAUUCUGUACAUAACAACAUACACGUAACGUUUAUGGAAGCAUGGAGACUGUGUCAAGCCAUUGGUCAACGCUUAGCUACUAUUACAUCUGAGGAGGAUAGCCGACUCGUAGAGGAAGCCAUUGCGAAAUCAACUAACACGAAUGGUCCGUGGUAUAUCGGUGGCACCGAUUGGGGAAAUGAAGGACACUUUGUUUGGAUAUCUACCAAUACGCCUGUCGGACACGAGACAGGAUACAUCAACUUUUCCUCCGGACAACCAGACAAUUACAGAGAAAAUGAACACUGUCUCGAGGUCGGUCGUUGGGGUGGUGUAAAAUGGAAUGAUGUACAUUGCCAUGCAAGAUCACGCUACAUUUGUGAAACUGUCAGUCCACACUGGUCGUAAAAAUAUAUUACUCAAUAAAAAUAAUAAAUCAUUAGUUUGUUUAUAACUUCAA